GUCUUAGAUCGCCAAGCCCUGUUGCAGACUAUUACGAGCCUCCCGACGACUGCUUGACUUCGGUUUGCCCGCCAUGCCGCUGGCCCCAAAGUAUACAUGGACGGAGACGGAUGUGGCAAUUGAAGUAACUGUAGAGGUCCCAGGGGUCUCAAAGAGCAAGGCCGAUGUCUUCGCGACUGACGCGUUUCUCAAAGUCAACAGCCCGCCCUAUCUGUUCGCGCUGGACCUGGCGAAGGAUGUGGACGACACGCGUAGCUCGGCGACCAUCCUGCCGGGAAAGGUCGUGUUCACGCUCUUCAAGCGCGAGCCGGGGGUGUGGGGCGUGCUGGCUGCCACGGGGGAGAAGGCCGCGUUGACCAGCCGCCGCAACGCCUCCAUUGACCGCGCCUAUGCGGCCCUGGAGGCGGCACGCAGGGCGCGACUGGAGCGCAAGCAGCAUGAGGACAAGGCCGCCACCCAGCGCACGCUGGACACGGACCGGCGCAAGCGGGCUGAGGUGGAGGCGCGCAAGGCGGCUGAGCUGGCAGCGGAGCGGGGCAGCCUGCAGCAGUGGCAGCAGCGGCUGGGGCUGGGGCAGGAGCAGGAUGCCGAGUCGGACUAUGAGGAGGAGGACGAGCAGGCGGACGGGGCGGAGGAGGGCCGGCAGCAGCAGCAGCAGGCAGGGGGCGGCGAGGGACGUGCUGCGCCUGACCACCCAGACUACCACGGCCGGGGCUGGAGGACGUCAGGGGCCGCAGCCGCCACCGGGGCCGCUGCGGCCGCUGGCAAGGCGGCGGGCGCGGCGGCUGCUGGGUCAGCGGGCUUGAAGGCACCAGGGAGAGGAGUGGACUCUGAGGAGGAGGAGGACGAAGGGGCGGAGCGGCGGGCGGGCGGGCGCGGCGCCGGGAGUGACUCGGAGGAGGAGGCGGAGGCGGCGGCGCCGGGGCCUGCUGCUGCUGGUGUUGGUGCUGGUGGUGCUGCUGCUGCUGGUGCUGUGGCGGCGCGACCGGCCAGCUUCAAGCCGCUGCCGCCGCCUCGUGCCCGGUUGGAGCCAGUGCAGGUGACGUUCACCCAGCUGGAGACGGGCCACCUGCCAGCGCGUGAGCACCGUGAGGAGGAGAUCCGCGCCUUCCGGAAACAGUCCCGCGCCUCCGCCCUCGAGGCGGGCGCUGCGGCAGGCGGCGGCGGCGACGACGCGGCGGACCUGUCGGAGCGGCAGCCGCUGUUCCUCAAGGACAAGGGGGACGCCAUGUUCAGGGCGGGGAACUUCAGCGGCGCGCUGAACGCCUACCACCGCGCCAUCGCGCUGGACGACGCCGCCUCCGCCGCCGCCUCCGACCCGGCCGCCGCCGCGCCCGCGCUGCGCUCCAACCGGGCUGCCUGCCUGCUGGCGCUGGGCCGCGCGGCGGAGGCGGCGGAGGACUGCGACCGCGCGCUGGAGCUGCUGGUGACGUUCACCCAGCUGGAGACGGGCCACCUGCCAGCGCGUGAGCACCGUGAGGAGGAGAUCCGCGCCUUCCGGAAACAGCCAGAAGCGCCAAGACCCGGCCUGAACCCCGGAGCAGCCCUGGCGGCCCCUGACAGUCCCAAGACGACACAGUCCCGCGCCUCCGCCCUCGAGGCGGGCGCUGCGGCAGGCGGCGGCGGCGACGACGCGGCGGACCUGUCGGAGCGGCAGCCGCUGUUCCUCAAGGACAAGGGGGACGCCAUGUUCAGGGCGGGGAACUUCAGCGGCGCGCUGAACGCCUACCACCGCGCCAUCGCGCUGGACGACGCCGCCUCCGCCGCCGCCUCCGACCCGGCCGCCGCCGCGCCCGCGCUGCGCUCCAACCGGGCUGCCUGCCUGCUGGCGCUGGGCCGCGCGGCGGAGGCGGCGGAGGACUGCGACCGCGCGCUGGAGCUGCUGGCGGGGGCACGCAGCAGGCUGGAGUCGGGGCUCAUGGGCGGACCCGAGGCGGCGGCGCUGAGUCAGCAGCUGGUGCGGCUGCUGGUGCGGCGGGCGCAGGCGCGGGCGGCGCAGCUGGGGGCAGGCGGCGGCGGCGGCGGCGGCGGGCGGGACAAGGACCGGGACGCCGACAACCUGUGCGCGGCCCUGCGCGACUACGAGGACGCGAUCAAGCUGGCCCCCUCCGCCGCCGCGCUGGCCGCCGACCGUGACGAGCUGCUGGCGGCACUGGCGCCCGCGGACGCCGCGGCGCUCAGGCAGCGGGGGGACGCGCGCUUCAGGGCGGGCGACUACGAGGGCGCGGCGGAGGCCUUCAGUGCGCUGCUGGGGCUGCCGCGCGGCGGGGUGCCGGAGUCGGAGCGCCUGGCCGCCUUCUCCAACCGCGCCGCCUGCCACCUGGUGCUAGAGCGCUUCGCCGCGGCAGUAGCAGACUGCGAUGCGGGACUGGCGCUACUGCUGCUGCUACAGCCGCAGCAACAGGCCCAGGCGGCCGCCUCCUCCUCGGCUUUCGGUAUGGCGGCGGGCGGUGAGGGCCGGCGGCGGCUGGCGGAGUGGGCGGCGGCGUCGCUGCCUGCAGCAGCAGCAGCGGAUGCAUCGUCACCAUCGGGCGGCGCGGAGUCGGCGGCGGCGGCGCAGGCGGCGGUGUCGGCAGCACGGCUGCUGACGCGGCGCGGUGCGGCGGCGGCGCACCUGCAGGACUUUGCGGCGGCGGCGGAGGACCACGCACUGGCGGCGGCGCUGCUGCGGCGGCUGCCGGGGCCGGAGCAUGCGGCCAAGGCAGAGGCGGCGGAGGCGGACGCGGCAAGGAUGCGCGCGCUGGCGGAGGGGCGUGAGCAGCCGCCGUCGCGGCCCGCGGCAGAGGCGGCCAGUGCGUCGCAGCCUGUGGUGAAGGCGGAGGCGGCGGAGGGGGUAGAGGCUGGUGGAUUGGAGGGCGCAGGCGAGGGGAGAGGGGCGGGAGGCGAGCAGCAGCAGACAUGCGAGGUGGCGGGAGGAGGUGCAGUGGCAGCUGGCGGGAGAGGGGCGGGCGAGGGCCUGGCGGAUGAUGACGUGGACGACUGAUGGCUUGGCGAGUGCGAGUGUAGGUGCGGGUGCGGGUGCGAGUGUGACCAUCAGGGUGAGGGUGUGGGUGCGCUGCCGUGAGAGGCGGCAGGGUGCCAGGUCAGGCGGUUGAUGCCGGACACGCAGAAGACACGGGCGCUCGUGAGCGCCGCUGCUAACUCUUAUUUGUGGAAAAAGACUUCAUA